UUCAGCCACUUCUGAUGACCAGUCAAGGAUCUGAGGAAGCUUGGCCAAAAACAGAUUCCUUAUUUCAGAAUGCAUUGCUUUCUGAGUCUGACAGCAGUCUGGCAUGGGCUGUCCUGCAUCUUUUCAGAUGUCAGUACCGACCGGCCCAGCUCAACAUUGCACAAAUGACUCAUCAGCUGGAAGAAGCUGAGACCUGCCGGCAGUGUGUCCUGGAGCAGGUGGCUAGACUUUCCAUAAUGAUUCUAGUGUAGGACACCCUACAGACUCUGAGCAGGGCAUGGAUGCUAGAUGGAGCGCAGUACUGCUGGAUACCUCAACCAUGGCAGAGCUUAAAAAGGCACAGCUACAACAUAUUACGCAGUACCACCAGCAAAAACAGGCUCUUAUGAUUACUCUAGACGAGCUAGAGGCUGAGCUCAGCACACUGACACUGGGUUGUAUUGAAAGCAGUACCCUGCAAGCAGAAAAGCUAAAUGCAUUCCUGAAGAACAUGCAAAAGAAUAGAGGCAUGCUUGAAGAUCUUCUACAAACUUGCUCUCAGAUUCCAGCCCAUCUAGCUGAGGCCGAGGGACCUGUAGCCUGUAUUGAACCUGUCAGGACCUGUCAGGAAAGAUGGCAGACUCUAGAGCAGACUGCUUUCAGGAGUCUGUGGUGUGCUAACAUAUGCACAACAGAAGCUUUUGCACUCCUUCAAGAAUCGAGAGACCUGCAGUUUGAAAUGGAACUUCUUGUAAAGUCAAUUUCCCCUGGUCACCUGUCCCAAGGACAGAUUGAUUGGCAAAAUGCAAUACAUGAGACUAUGAGAGCUGCAGAUCUGGCAGUGUUAACAGAGCGCUGCUUGUACCUGCAUGAGGUCUCUCAAGCUCUUUCUUCAAGUCCACUGGGAAAGAAAGAGCUCAGAGAUGUUGAAGACACAAUGCAGGCUCUGAAUUCUCAACUUACACUGACUAAGGAGAAGCUUGUCUCUCAGACGCAAAUAGCAGUGAUAAUUCAGCCGUCGUGA